UAAUUUUCAUUUGGAUAUUAAUCUGUGGCUUUUGCUUUUUUUGACGUUUGUGGUUCGUGUUUCUGAUUCGAUUCGAAAUUUCGAAUUUCGAUACGAAAAUUUAAAUUAAGAAGGCCAAGACACCUCAACCUCAUAGUGAAAAUAAGGAAAUACACGCGCAAAAGUUGUAAGAAUAAACCAACACGGUUUUAACUAUGAGUGGACAAUUACAUGAAGCUCUAGAGCCAAUAUCAUGGCUAGCCGGCCGCUGGGUGACUAAGGACGGACGUGGACACUUUCCAAACAUUGCUAACUUUCAGUACCACGAAGAGGUAGAGUUCACAUGCGUUGGUCAACCAAUGUUGAACUACACCUCAACAUCAAAACAUCCAGAGAAAGGUACACCAAUGCACCAAGAAAGAGGGUUCCUGCGAAUUAAACCUGGUACAAAUGACCUCGCUUUUCUUGUCAGUCAUAACUUCGGCCUAAACUCCCACGAAGAAGGGCAUUGUGAUCCAGAGAAGAAGGAAAUUAAGUUAAAAACAGUAAAUAUCGCUCGGAUGUCAUUUGCUAAGCCACCGGUUGUAAAGAACGUUGUAAGGGAGAUCAGAUUGGUCUCUCCAAACAAAUUGGAAGUAGUUCUAUAUAUGGAGACAGAUAGUACUCCCCUUAGCGAACAUUUAAAAGCUGUUUAUGAUAAAAUAGAAUAAAAUUGUUUUACUAUAUUAAGUCAGUAGGGGAGCCCAUGGUGCUAAACAUGUAUUUACUCAUGCGUCACUGAGACUUGUGUGAUUUGGUAGAUUUGAUGAUAGGAAGAUUAAAUAUUUAUUAUUUAUUUGUCUACCCGACUGCGUAAGGAGGGUAAUGUUUUUCGAGCGUAUCUAUGUCCAUUUCUUUAGCACGCCCUACAGCCCAAACGGCUGGACGGAUUUUGACAUAUGUCAUUGAGUUCGUUAAAAUUGUUGUAGUGACUUAUGCUAUAUAAUUUUCAAAAUGGCGCCCGUAAAUGAAAAAAAGGUGGGGGGUGGGUAAGUUUCUUUUACCUUACCAUACUUACCAUAUAACAAUAUGGGUAUCAAAUGAAAGGUCGUAAAAAGACAAUUUUAAAAAUAUAUUUAUUAUAUUAUGUUUAUACAACUAUUUUAACACAAAUUAUCAAAAAAAGUGUACCAAAUAUUGGGACCAUCGAAGU